GCUUGCAUUGUUGUUCAUAAACGGAGGUUAAGAUCGAUGAAUCUAAUUUCAAUGAGAUCGGUAUGCGUUUCAUUCAUUCCUUUUUUUUUAUGUUUAGCGUUCCACAUUGGUUGUAUAACGCAACUAAACUUCUUUAUCUCGAUAAUCUAGUCUUUUGAGAUGAUUUAUCGCGUAACUAUUUUUAUUGAAAGGUUCAACAACUCAAAGGUAGCCCAUGGAGUGGUGGAAUGGGUGAGAAGUCAGUUGCGACCAACGUGACUGACUGGUACCAACGAGGAUGUUUGGGAGCCAACAAGGAGAAGCACAAAAUGGUAGUCUCGAGAAGAAGUCGGCUAUGACCAUAUACCAGAGACCAAACAUACCGCUCAAUCAACCAUAUUUUUCAAAUUUUUUAUUACUUUCUUCCUCGUCCACAAUAUCCUUAAUACUCUUGUAGUCAUUAUUUUUAAUUAUAUAAUUGUUGUAUCAAAGAUAAAAUGUAAUAUUAUUGUAAAUAUAGGUACUAACGAGGAGUAGUAGUAUUAUAGAAAAGAAGAUAUUUUUGAGGAAAUUUGAUCUCUAUUUAUACAAGUUGAACAAAUAUAACUUUUAUUUUAAAUUUAUUUUUUAAUAUAUUAUAUAUUGACUGCAUUUUAAUAUUAUGUGAUACAAAUGAAAACAGCUUAUUGGAUAAUAAACAAAUGAGAGACGGAUCACAUGACCUCAUUCUUUUGGAUGGUCAACCAUGAGGAGAAGAGAGAGCACAUAAUAUUUAUUUAUUUAUUUUAUUUAAAUUAGGAAUUGGUAAGAGAGACCUGAUCAUGGAUAAACAUGAUUUUACGGAGGUUAAUUAAUAGGGUUGUGCGUUGUCCCUAUUAAUUAAUAGUCGGCUAAUCCCACUACCGUCGUCACCCGCUGACCUUACAGCUCUUCUUGUGGAGGUCGCAUCACGAGGUGAGACUUUCACUAAUCUAUUUUAAUUUUGAAUUUUUUUAUAUUAUAUUAAUAUUACUGAAAGCCCACCUUAUUUAAUCACCCAACAGCUCAGCCCAAAUUAUACAUGGUGUAGAACUUCUAAUUAUUAUUAGAGUACUAUCUAAUUAUCACUGUCUCUACCUAAAUUUUCUGGCACACUAAUAUGAUUUAUCUGAAAAUGCUCCAAUUCGGUGAAACAGAUUCAAGUAUAUAGUAUUAUGUAUUGUGUUUUAAUUUUCGAGUCAUUAUUGUCAAUAAUAUUAAUUGCGGUAUCUCUAUUUUUAGUUUUAAAAUCCCAAGUUUAUUGCCUUGUCCAACAUCAUAAUGGUCAAUUGGAGAAGGGUGUCUCAACCACAGCACAGGCUGUUGUGCACCAGAUACGGCCGCGUUUCAUUGUCACUACUUCAAUUUCAUUUUUAUUGUAUACUGCUAAGUGUUCACCGCCUUUUAUCAUUUAUAUUCAUUUUUUUUAUUUUUGUUGAAUAAAUUGCCUUAAAUCACCUUUUCCCCAUUAUUAUCGUAUACUCUACUUUAUUGUAUAAAAUCUGAUUCUCAAAUAUUCUUCAAGUAAGUAAUAAAGUUCUUAUAAAAAUUUAGUUGCAACUUUGUUUAUUUCUUUUAUUGUUUUUCUUAUCACAUUUUAUCCAUUAGUUUCAUUUUAUAGCAUGGGCAUCAAUAAUCUACUACUAUAAUAAAUUGGUGCAAGUAUUCGUCCAAUAAUUGUACCAAUUGGUAUCAUAUUUGUAUAAGUAAUUAAUUACUUGAGAAGAAAAAUGAAAUCUAUUAACAUUAUAACAAAGGAUUAAAGUGAAUUAUAGGGAAAUCUUAGUGUGGGAUUUUUUUUAAUAUUAUGCUCAUCACACUUUUUUCCCCUAAUUUUGCAGCAUAUAACAUUAUCUUUUUGAAUUAUAAUCACUUAAAAUUUUAAAUGGUUAUUUGGAGUGAUUAUUUAGGAUUAGAUAUUUCAUUUUGAAGUAUACUUUAUAUAAAUGAAGACAUUUAAAGGUGUUCGUUUGAAAAGUUUGAAUUUUCCCAACAAUAAUUUCCUAUUAUAUUUUAUUUUAGAAGUAAAUAAAGGUAAAGUAAAAGUUCGAAUUUUAAUUAAUAUUUGGGCGUGACAACUGCCAACUAAUUUUAUUCCCAUGACAUGAUAAUCUUGUAGAUGGAAAAAUAAGUCCAUUUGCUUUCUCUAUCGAAUGGAGAAUUCACCUCAUCUUCUCAUAGUGUCUACACAUUAUAUUAUGAUAUUUUCUCUUCUGUAAAAGUCAGGUUUGAUUUUCAGUUGAAAUUGAAUAAUGACUAGGAUACACGUAAGCAAUGCCCUAUCCAUGUUCGUCAUAAAACUCACUACAUUUCAUCAUCAAAUAAGUGUCUCCUUAUCCGACAACAUUAACUGCUUUCUACUCACAACUCUCUAAACUUUCCAUUUCUACUGAAUUUGAUUAUGUGGCCGACUUACUUUUUAAAGACUAAGUUGAUCAACAAAACCGAUCAUCAGAUUGAUUUUGAAAUUAUAGGAAGGAGGGAUUGUCCACUCCGAUCCAUGCCCGCCGGUGAAUCUCAGAGGGUGCGACUCAACCACAUACUGAAGCUCGAUGAUACCACGCCAAUCCGCGUACAGACCAAUGGCCGUAUUUACGACAAGUUGCUUAACAGUGAUCACAUCUUGACAAUUAUGCGGAUUGUGUUCAAAUCUGAAGAGAGGGCUGACUCAUCGUACGAGCUGAUUGCAGAAGGAGUAGCGGAAACCUAUAAAGGCCGUUACUUAAACUUUGGUGGCUUGAUCGACUGGGAUAAGAAAAUCUAUGAUAAAUUGCCGCCACGCCCUUCCAGCAUGGUGGAACCAUCGGUCAUAUAUGAGAACAAUCUACCUUUGAGGAGUUCUCAACGCUCGAACAUAGUAGAACCAUCAGUAAAUGAAAAUGCUCUACCUUUAAGGAAUUCUCCACACCCAAGCAUAAUGGAGCCAUCAGUCAUAAAUGACAACAAUCCAUUUUUAAGGAGUCCUCAACAUUUUAACAUGGUGGAACCAUCAGUUGUAAAUGAGAACAAUAUACCUUUAAGUUCUCAAAAUCAAAACACAGUGGACCCAUUAGUAAAUGAAAACAAUCUAAGGGAGGCUGGAGAUCCGGAGAUAAACGAGAAUAACUUACAGCAAUGGAACCGGAGGGAGAAGAUCAUCCGCGCAUUGAACUAUUUAAGAUUCCGACGGCUAUCGAAUGCGUCGGUUGAGAGCCGAGAGAGCAGGGUUGAGAGGGGCACGGUUAUUCCCUCAUCUGUUCUACUCCUUGUGUUAGCCUUCCUUAUGGUUGGAUCCAUGCGUUUUGUUUUGUACAAUCAAUUGUUUUUAUUUGGUUGAGGGCACGCAAUUGAUUAAAUUUGUUCAUCAUGUAGUAAUAAUAGUACUCCUAAGUUUUGUGGGUUUGCAUUGGAUAAUCAUGUGGCACAAUUUGUGUGAAUGUAAUUUGUAAUAAUAGCGACGAAUAACGUCUACGCAUGUUAUUUGGACUU